AUGGCUGAGUGUGAAGAGUUAGGUCAUACCUUGACUGAAGAUCUAGGUCAGACCUUGGGUGAAUAUCCAUGUCGUACCUUGGCUGAGGAGCCAGGUCAUACCUUAGCUGAAGAGCUAGAUCAUACCUUGGGUCAUACAUUGUCUAAAGAGCCAGGUCAUGCCUUGGGUGAAAACCCAUAUCAUAUGGAAGAAGACCCAUGUCAUACAUUGGCUAAAGAGCUAGGUCAUACAUUGGCUGAAUAUCUAGGUCAUGCCUUGGGUGAAGAGCCAUUUCAUACAUUGGCUAAGGAGCCAAAUCACACCUUAGCUGAAGAGCCAGGUCAUGCUUGA